CCACACAGCUGACAUCACACUCGCGGCUCUUCUGUCUGCUAGCACAGCGAUAUCGUCAGCACAGCCUUCUCGAGUCAACCGUGGCGAGCCGUGUUGCAGCGAGGCCACCUCGCUUACUUCUAAUCUGAACAGAGGGAACAAGUUUUCGCCUUCGGUGGUUCGUUCUCGACAUUCAUGAUCUAGCCUACCGAAGAGGCGAGAUCGAGACUUUUUUGCUUGGUUGUGUUUUGUGACUUGAAAUUGGAAUUUAUUCGAGUUUUGAAGAAGUUGUCAAACUUGUUUAUUGGCCAGAUCUCGAUGCCGGUCUGUCGUUUUGGAAAGUUUUGACAGUCUUCUCGUGGAAGUUGACAAAGUUGUGUGCCCUCGCUCGUUAUUGAAGUGACGAAGAGUGCAUAAAUACCCCGGAAACUGCUACGACCUGGCAAAACUGCUCCAAGUGUCAGUAAUAACUCAGGAUUGAUCCCACCUGUGACGUCAUUGACUGGAACCCUGGCGCAGACCACGCGUUCGGACCGCGAAGACGUCGACAACACCCCGAGGUUGCCGACGCUCUCUGCCUCUCGUGACGUGUACCAGUCCCCGGAUUCAGCGACGGAUACCACCCUGUGUGGCGCCGCUCGAACCAACUACACGCCCGUGACAUCGAAUCUACAGCCUUAAGGUUUCCCGCGAAACCUUCUGUGACGCCCCUGUCGGCCAGCGUUGCUGUCUUCUAAACCUCAUCAUCCCUGGUCGACGCCGCUGGCGACGCUGACCUCCGACAUCGGGUUAAGGCCACCGCGUCCUUGACCCGUCGCUCUGCCCUUCAGAUGUCCGUAGAGGUACUGGUGCCCAAACCCGCUUCCGCCCUGCCCUCGACCGCGCCCGCCGUCAUGAAGGAGCAGCUUCGGCCCUCCACCACAGCUGUCAGCACUCGCAGCAGCAGCAAGUCCAGCGCCAUGGGCAUCCACUAUCACAUGCAGCUGCAGUCGCAGCAGCAGAAGCAGCAGCAGCUCAAGCCGCAGACGGCCGGGUCCGAUGCCGUAAGGAGUACGCCAGACAUCAACGGCCACACGCCGGACAUUCAGCAACACUUCGACAACACCCACAUCAUCUACGACAGUACCACUGACACCACCUACCUGCGGGGCAGACUGCUGGGGAAGGGAGGCUUCGCCCGCUGCUACGAGAUCCUGAACUUGAACACCAACAAGAUCUACGCCGGGAAGAUCAUCAGCAAAGCCCGGAUCGCCAAACCACAUCAGAAACAAAAGAUCUUACGAGAAGUUCAGCUGCAGAAAAACCUCAAACACCGCCAUGUAGUGGAGUUCAACAGUUACUUCGAGGAUGACAACAAUGUCUACAUUAUACUGGAGAACUGUAGUAGGAAGUCCCUGGUGCAUGUUCUGAAGCACCGGAAAUGCCUGACAGAGCCGGAAGUGCGCUACUACCUGCGCCAGCUAGUGGAUGGCGUGGACUACAUCCACCGGAACCAGAUCAUCCACCGCGACCUCAAGCUGGGGAACAUGCUGCUCAACCACGACAUGGAGCUCAAGCUGGCCGACUUUGGGCUGGCUACGCGCGUGGACUUUGUCAUAUGCCUUGUUGGUAGGCCGACCUCCCUUCGAGACAACGACCCUCAAAGAAACCUACAUGCGCAUCACAGAGAACUCUUACGUGCUUCCACCAUCGCUGUCUCCCCCGGUCAAGAACCUGAUCCGCCGCUGCCUGAACGCAGACCCUCUGAGUCGCCCCAACCUGCACGAGAUCCUGGCCGAUGAGUUCUUCACUUGCGGUUACCUCCCCCGCUCCCUGUCGCCAGCGUGUUGCACCUCGGUGCCUAAGUUCCCGGCUUAUUCUAGGUACACCAGCAACAACAGACCCGUCUCCUAUGCAGUUCCCAAUGACACUAAGACAGACCCUAUGGGACGGCUAGGAAAUGCUCUCAGCCAGAUGCACCUGGACUCUAGGUCAGAGAACCUUCUGGAAGAAAAGGAAUUAGAGGAUAUAGAGAAGAAAUCUCCCCGUCACUCGCCUACCCACAACAGCCGCAGCAGCGACAGCGGACACCCUGGCAAGGACAACAUUCCCAGUGGUGGCUCCAACAACGAGGGGAGCUCCGGAGACAGAUCCCGCUCUCCACCGCAGAGAGAUCAAUCUGGCAAGCAGAGAUCUGCAGCAACCCUGCUGGAGGCUCUGGGAACCUGCCUUGAACACAUGCCUAAGUCAUCCAGAGCCAACCCGACACCGGUCAAUUGCGAGAUAACCUGGGUCACCAAGUGGGUGGACUACUCCAACAAGUAUGGCUUCGGCUUCCAGCUCUCCAGUGACGCUCUUGGAGUUCUGUUCAAUGACACCUCCAGGAUUAUUAUGGCCCCAGAUGGAAGAGCCAUCCAGUACUAUGAUGUGACAGGCAAGCUGUCUGCGUUCUCGUCCGACUGUGUGCCUGAGGAGCUGGAGAGGAAGACCACUCUGCUGCAGUAUUUCGCCCGUUACAUGGACGAGCACUUGAUCCAGGGUGGUGAUCUAGAGUACUCAAGCUGCAGCGAUGCCUGCUCCUGGUCAGGUUCUCUCUUUCUGAAGAAAUGGUUCCGCACAGCAAAGGCCAUCGUCCUGUAUCUCAGUGAUGGAACUCUGCAGGUGAACUUUUUCGACGACCACACCAAGCUGAUCUUGAGCAGUGUGAAGAACGAGUACGUGGUCACAUACAUUGACCAGGACCGCUGUGCCCGCACGUAUGGCCUGAGCCACGUACUUCAGGAGGGCAGCACCAGUGACAUUCUUGACCGUAUGACCUUCGCACGCUCCAUGCUCAAGAACCUUGUGGACAUCGAGGGCGCUGACAUUUGAGGGUAGCCGAGAGAAACACUGCCCUUCAUUCUGCUAGUCUCACCAUACAAACACUUAAGCCACUCAAUCUAUUUUACAAAAUAGUGUUAUGUUUAUUUACUAUACUAUGUCGCUGGAAGCCGGCAUAAAAAAAGCAAUAUAUAGAUAAAUCUUUUAUUUAUAAAUGUUUUUACUAUUCCUCUGCACAUGCGAUGAGAUAUGUGUACCACCACGGUGUGCCAAAAUGUACGAGGUUCAAGCUCCUGUCACGCUGUGUGUUGCUCCGGAGCGUAGGCGGACCUCGAUGGGUGUGAUGUGUGAGCACCAGAGUCUGAGACCUGUAGACUGUCAUUUCGUUGUGAGUGGAACCGGUGCAUCUAAUUUCCGGUACUUUUCUCCAUCUUGCUCAACCCAGGGUCUUUUCCUGGUUGUGCUUUCCUUUCGACCACCGGUCUUGGGGGGCUGCUCUACAUUGACAUUUCACCAUCAGCAGCUGAGCAGCACGUGUCAGUUAGCUUGGUUACUUAUUGCUGGCAAGGUCAGUGCUCGUUGAUUCCAUUAGCAUCUAGAAAUAAGCAUGGUUGCCACUUACCCUCAUCGGCAUCAUCUAUGAAGAGGGCUGAGUUUCCUGUAUCUUUUAUUUUUAUGCAGAGAAUAUUGAGGUUCUCAGAGUAUACAAAAAGGUGGAUGCAUGGAAAAGAUUUUCGUAUACAACAUUUUCUCAUACUUGUAUCGGAAUAGAUGUCCUGAAUGAGUGAAAAAUAACCUUGUACAUAGGGUUGAAAGUUGUCUUAUGAAUCAAAACUCUUGGGUCUGAACAUAAAAUUUGAUUUUCUCUUGUCUGGGAAUUAUUUCUGUUCCUUUUAUAGACCUAAUUCUUUUUUUUUUUCCAAGGUAAACCUAAUCCCAACUAGUGCCUGUUCUUGGAACUAAACUCUUUUGCCAACUGCUUUCAUGAUUGCCUGUAACUGGGGUUUUAAUUCCUUUAUUUUUAUAGUUUUCGUUUUCGUUGUUGGACAUGUAGGUUUGAUCCAGCGGAAAAUAUAAAGACCUGUUCUUGAUUUUCAUAAAAUGGAUCUAUACAUUUGUUUUCAUUUGUACUGACCAAAUUGUAUGUACACAUUUGCUUCAAAUUGUGUAGGAUGAUAUUUGUGAGAUGCUUCAAAAUAUUUGGAAGUACCAUGUCCAAUUGUGGUGGAAACUGCGAGAUACUUGUUCCAUGAGAGAAUGGAUGAGGUUUUUUUACCUUGUAUUUUACAUGCCUAUGUACAGUUGCAAGUAGUUUCAAUGUACACAUCUGAGAAUGACCAGACGUAGCUAUUGUUGUAUAUAGAUGUGAGUUUGUGUGUGUGUGUGUGUGUGUGUAUGUGCGUUUGUGUGUGCGUGUUUCCCGAACAUUCUGAUCUCCAGCAGGGUGGAGGACUAUAUAGCAGACCUCCCACCAGAAUGCACGUUGUCUCCCUCAGGGCAGCUUAUUAGCUUUAUCUUGUUGUACCAGAACUCCCAGCUGUUGUCCUUGAUAGCGAUCUGUUUGUCUGUCCUGGCGCAACUCUUGUGUCUUUGGAACAGUUUAUGUUUCCUCAGUGAAGACAACUCAAUUCGAUUGUUGCCAAAAGUGUUUUGUUUUUCAACACCUAAAAGUGGCAUUAGCAAAGUGAUAUUUGAGAUAGACUCCUCAUUGCUUCUUUUGUUCUCUCUGUAUCUCUCUCUGUCUUCCUCUCUCUCUCUCUCUCUCUCUCUCUCUCUCUC